CACCGAAGCGCAGCCAUGGACUUGGCGACGGCUGUCGCGACGAGACUGGAGGACGUCGGUUACUCCUUGGCCGGCGCGAACGCUCGAUCUCUUGAGGAGGUUGACCUGCUCCUAAACCACACGGAACAACGCCUGCACUUCCUCGACUGGGCCUUCACCAAGAUUCUAGGCUCCAUGCACACGAAUCGAGACAGGGGUGCAGCGCCGGCUGAAAUGAUUGACACCGUGGAGAGCCGCGUGUGUCACACGGCAGUGCUGUUGGGCAUGGCUCAAGGCGAUGGGCGGGACGCUGCUACCGGAGUGGGCGGGGUGCCAGAGCGAGCCACAUGGCUGCUGGAAGUGGCUCGCCGGGUGGAGGACAUGGGGAGGCUAAGGAGCAGGCCAGAGGACCAGCUCGCAUUGGGCUCGUAUGCACCACCGUCAGCAGCUGCUUUGCUGCAACCCUCGUCCUUCCCGCCCCUCUUCUCGCCCGACUUGCUCACCCGCGCCAAAGCUGAUGCUGCUGCCAGGCGCAGGGACAACAGGGCCAACAUGAGCGGCAUAGAGGAGGCGCGGCAGCGGCUGGUGGAGCUGCGGGAGAGGAAGCAGCAGAUCCACGAUGACACCAUCCUGCUGGCCGCUCAGUGUGUGGUGGACCCUCUGCGCGACCAGAGCCAGCAGCACACAGCAGCUGCUGACGCCAAUCUGACCGCUGCUGUGCAGCGCUACCUCUCUCUUGCUAACGAGGUCGCUUAUAAAGUGGACAGGGACCUACUCCCCUGGAUGCAGCGCAACCCCCCUCCUCGCCCCAUCAAGAUCGGCCCUCGAGCCUCCGCUGUGCACUCACAGCACUCCGCUCUUCUCAAGAUCCUGGCAGGGCUGCAGGUGGUGCAGGCAACAGCACCAUCUCUUCAUGAGGCAGCCACUGUGACAGCCGGCACAGCCACGCCGCAGGUGAAGGCGUGGUGGGUCACAGUUACAGGGACAGCCACGCCGCAGGUGAAGGCGUGGUGGGUUGCGGUGGCAGCAGCGACUUCCAGCACAGCAGAAAUCGUCCACUCCCUGCGUGCAGAAAUUUCAGCUCUCACCGGCCCGACCCAGACGUAG